ACCAUUACACAAGCCAACAAUGGCGUCUUCAUCUGAUCACCACCACGGCGAACGACCCAAACCAGAUGAAGAUGAACAUCAACCAAAACCAAAUUCCCCUCCGGAUGGAAAUCACAACUCUGCCUCGCCGCCGCCGCCUCCAUCAGCCGGACACCAGGAUGCCACCAUCCCCAAUAACUACCGCCACCAGCCCCAGCCCGGCUACCCUCCUCCCGUGAUGGGCUACCCCACGCCCUACCCUCCUCCCCAAAACAUCAACGGAGGCUAUCCUUACGGCGCACCCCCACCGCCCGGUGGAUACUACCCCGCAAACAACCCCCAUUACUACAGUUCCCAGGCACCCCCAAGCCCCUCCUCGGGCUUCCUACGCGGGAUCCUCGCAGGCCUCAUUUUUCUCGUGGUGGCGUCGUGCACCAUUACCGUCAUCACGUACGUCGUCCUCCGCCCCCAGAUUCCCGAGUUCCACGUUACCGCCUUCUCCGUCAACAACUUCAACAUCUCCAACUCGGUCCUGAUGGGCAGCUGGGACGCCAAUGUCACAGUGGACAACAAGAACGAGAAGCUCAAGGCCUACUUCGAACGGAUCCAGAGCUACGUCUACUACCAGGACCCAAGGAGCUAUCUCAGCUGGAGCACAGAGCCGGCGUUUUCCCUGGAGACUAAGACGAGCGGCGUCAUCAACGUGAAGAUGUCGAUGAUAGACGGGGAGCAGCCAACGUCCUCUGAACUGGAGGAGAUGAAUGAGGAGCGGCGGAAAGGGACGGUGAUUUUCGCGCUGGGGUUUGGGUUGGUGGGGACGUUCAAGUCCGGGUGGUGGACGAGCCACUACGGCAUGCGGGUUUACUGCCACGAGUUGGCGGUCGGGUUUGCCGGGGCGUCGGGAACGGGGAUCUUGAGGGACCCAAACCCUAGGCAGUGCACGGUGUACGUGUGA